AUGGAGCCCGCCCCGCCGCCGUCGCGCUGCGUGGCGCCGCACUGCGCGCUGCUGCGGCGCGCGGGCUACAUGCGCGCCGCGCCGCGCUCGCGCCGCCACGCCGCCUACCGCGCGCUCGUGCUGCUGCUGGCCGGCGCCUACCUGCUGCAGGAGGCGGCGGCGGCGGCGCGCGCGCGCGGCCUGCGCGAGCUGGCGCGCGUGCUGUUCCUGCUGCUGUGCCACGUCACGGCCGCGGCCAAGCAGCUGGUGCUGCUGCGGCGCGCCGACGCCGUGGACGCGCUGGCGCGCAGCUUCGACGCGCGCCGGCCGCCGGGCGCGCGCGCCGCCGCGCUGGAGCGCGCGCUGGCCCGGCGCGCGCGCCUGCUGCUGCGCGGCUACGCGGGCUGCGCCGCGCUCACGUGCGCGCUGUGGCUGCUGUUCCCCGUGCUGCAGCGCGCGCGCGCCCGGCCCGUGCGCUUCCCCUUCUGGACCGGCGUCAGCACCGCGCCGCUGCCCGUGUUCGCGGCGGUGCUGCUGUACUCGUUCUACGUGACGACGCUGGUGGGCAUCGCCAACACCAGCAUGGACGCGUUCCUGGCGACCAUCCUGUACCAGUGCAAAACUCAACUUACGAUACUGAGGAGCGAUUUGGAAACACUCCCCGAGCGAGCCGCGCGCGCAGCACGAGCCGAGGGCGAGGGAUACGAAACGGCACUGAUGAGACUGUUCGUUGACUGUUACCACCAUUAUCAUAAAGUCACCGAAACUGCGGCUUCCUUUCAAGCCAUAUUUGGAACGGCAAUACUCAUUCAGUUUGGUAUCGGAGGCUGGAUUCUUUGCAUGGCCGCAUACCAGCUCGCAAGCCUUAGUGUACUCAGCAUCGAGUUCGCGUCCAUGUUGCUUUUCAUUAUCUGCAUCCUUACGGAGCUGUUCCUGUACUGCUACUGCGGCAACGAGCUCACCGUAGAGAGCGACCGCAUCGUGUUUUCGGUGUACGCCAUGUCGUGGGAGCGCACGCCGCCGCGCUUCCGGCGCUGCCUGCUGCUGCUGAUGGAGCGCGCGCGGCGCCCGCUGCGGCCCGCGGCCGGCUGCGUCGUGCCGCUCUCGCUGGACACCUUCGUCAAGAUACUAAAAUCCUCAUACACCUUCUAUGCAGUGCUGCACCAGACUAAAUAA